AUGGUUGUCUGCACGUACUUUCAGCAGGGGCGGUGCAGAUUUGGAGACCGUUGUAAGAAUGAGCACCCCAGCCAGCAGACAUUGAGCUCCGGCAACCGUUUCGGGGCACUUGCUGGGGGAGGUUUCGGAGGUCGUGGCGCCCAGACUCAGCAAUCUGCAGACUAUGGAAUCACUACGGCGGACAUCAAGGCCGACCUUACCGCCGGUAAAGGCCGGCCAGAAUGGGUUUUUUCCUGCUACGGUCCCGGCAGAAACGCCCCCAGGCAAUUAUUUGGAGGCGCAAAUCGAGAGCGGAGUUUCGAAGAACUGCGACUGCGCCAUUAUGAAGCUGCCGCAGCAGGCAACGCCGACCAGGCAGUCCAAGAAGCUCAAGCUCUGUAUGGGGAGGCCCUGAAGCAGAUGGAUGUCAUCCUGAAUGAUCUAAACGGUGCUGUGAAGUAUGUCGUCGACGGUAUCAAUGAACGUCCCAACAGAAUUGAUAUCGUGGAGGGCAAGACCGGCCCUGCUUCCACCCCAGCACCUUCUGCUUUCGGUCAGCCCUCGCAACCUAGCCAACCUUCACCAUUCGGGCAACCCGCUGCUCCCAGCUCAGCACCGGCUUUUGGCCAGCCUUCAGGAUUAGGCAGUCAACCCUUCGGCAAGCCCUCUGCGUUCGGUCAGCCGUCAGCCUUCGGGCAGCCCUCGGCCUUGGGUCAAACAUCUGGCUUGGGGCAAGCACCUGGCUUCGGACAACCUAGUGCUUUAGGUCAAGGGUCUGCAUUUGGACAGCCCUCAGGCUUGGGAGGAGGGCAGUCGGCAUUCGGGAAACCAGCCUUUGGCCAGCCUAGCUUUGGUCAGCCUUCUACCGGCCAGUCUUCAUUCGGCCAGCCAUCAUCACUCGGAACAUCGGCAUUCGGGACACCUGCUGCGGCCUCCCCAUUUAGUCAGAUAUCAGCUCCUAGCCAGCAACCAAGCGGCUUUGGUCGGGAGUCAAACCCCGCCUCGUCUUCUGGCUUCGGUCAACCCUCGACACAGCCGGCUGGUUUCGGCCAACCGUCACAGACAGCUUCGCCUUUUGGUCAACCACCACAACAACAACCGGCCUCAAACCCUUUUGGACAACCCUCCACGGCCGCAGCUCCGAGUCCCUUCGGUGCUCCAAGCCAACCAGUUGCACCUUCAGGAUUUGGACAGCCUGCUAGCGGAUUUGGGCAGCUAGGCCAAUCAGCGCCUGCUCCCGCUCUUGCAUCCACGCCAACAGCUACCGCAGGAACCGGCCCUCCUGCCAUCAUCAAGAUCGACAACCCCAAUGAGCUACACCCCAUCCCACCGCUGACAGGUCAGACCAUCCGCGACCCUAUGACCAAGAGGCUCUCAGCCUGGAAGGGGCAACCGGUUAAGUACAUCAACAACGAACCCUGCUAUCUACAUCCGCAGGAUCGUCAGACCUACGUCCGCAUCUUCUUUCCAGAUGGACCCCCUGAUGCAGCCAGCUUACGGGACGCACAUGCAAAGGACGAGGAAUAUACAGCUGAGGUCACUGCGCAGUACGAGUUCUUCGUGCAAAACGGAUGCUUCAAGGACGGAGUGAUUCCGAGCGUGCCCCCGAAGACGGAAUGGGUGAGCUUCGACUUCUAG